AUGCCAGACAUUUAUGUCGCCAACGCUCAACUGCUUGGAGUGUUCUGCGAAGUGUUCACUACCGGUAUAUAUUUCGCGUAUUUGCCGCGAUGCGUAUCGAUCUGGAGGAGGAAGAGGAGACAAGAGCUGCCGCUGUGGCUGCCCAUCGCCGGAUUUGUGAUCUUCCUUUUGGCCACCGCAAACUUCUUUACAGAGAUGGUCAUCGGUUACGCAGCUUUUGGGAUUAGGCCUGGUGAGACACGCCCGGACCCUACCACUUUCUUCGCCGACGUCUCUUCGCCGACGUCACUCACCAAGGGUGUGCUCACCGCGCUGCUUGCCAUGGUCUCCGACUUCAUCAUCGUGUUCCGUGCGUGGGUUAUCUGGGAUUACAACCUGUGGGUCAUAUCUCUCCCAGUCGGCCUUCUUGUCACGACUUGGGCGCUCGGCGUCUGGGCCCUCUGGACAGAGUUUGAAACGGGAAUCCAACACACCGACAUCAUGCUCGCGGAGGUCUCAGUCCGGGUGCGCUACUUCUUCAUCACGACAUUUGUUCUCAACAUUUUGUGUGCCUCCCUGAUAUGCUGGAAGGUAUGGUGCGUAGUACGGCAGACGGCGCCGAUACUAGGAAAGAACCGGCCCAGCAAAGUGCUCGCCAUAGUCGUCGAAACCGCGUCGAUCUACUGCGCUCUCCUGCUGGCCCUCAUCAUCUCGGACUCUGUUGGAUCGAACAUAUUCUUCACAUUCCUUGGAAUGCUCCCUGGCAUCACUGCGAUCGUCUUCACCGUGCUCAUCGUGCGCGCAAGCAACGUUGUGCGCGCGUCGCAGGCGAACACGCGCUCGAUAUCCUUGCACAUCUCCGCCGUGCUCCCGCACACCCUGCACUCGACCGUCGACCCGCACCCGACGAGCCACGGCGCGCCGCCACGCCUGGCGAGCGAAGUGCUCGCAGACCUCGAGCGCAUGCCGUCCGAGAGCGAGAGCGAGACUGAGAGCGAUUUGGGGUCCGACCAGGUGGAAAAGUCUCCAGUUUGA